AUGGCUAUUUACAAGCGCAAGAUCGUCGUCUCGGACGACACGGUGACGAGCGCGCGCCACCUGACUAUGAAGCAGUCUCUGGUGCCAAAUGCGCUCGUUACUAUCCUCUUCUUCCUCUGGGGCUUUGCGUACGGUCUUCUCGAUGUCCUGAACUCCCACUUCCAGUUCGCUCUGUCUAUCUCGGCCUCCAUGGCGGCAGGUCUCUCUUCAGCCUACUUCGGCGCAUACUUCGUCUGCCCUCCUACCAUCUCGGGGUGGAUUUUAAGGAGAUAUGGGUUCCGCAUCACCUUCAUGACUGGCUUGAUGGUGCUCACGGUUGGCUGUCUUCUUUUUUGGCCGUCAGGCGUGAAGAAGUCGUUCGGUGGUUUCUGCGGGAGCAUGUUUGUCGUAGGCGCUGGUCUGUCGACUCUGGAGACAGCCGCUGAUCCAUUUCUGUCCAUCUGCGGCCCACCUAAGUACUCUGAAAUCAGACUCAACCUCGCCCAAGCUGUUCAAGGUAUCGGCUCUUUCGUCGCGCCGUUGCUUGCAUCCCGUGUCUUUUUCGCUAACACAGUCGAUACGGAUGAGGGCCUCAGGAAUGUGCAAUGGGUUUACCUCGGCGUCGCCGGCUUUGUCAUUCUUUUGGUCAUUCUCUUCUUCCUGGCUCCCAUGCCUGAAAUCACCGACGCCGAUAUGAACGUCCAGGAGAGUGAGAUUGCUGAGUUUGACCCUGGCCCGUUCCGCAAGCAGUACAACUUGUUCUUGGCUGUGUGGUCGCAGUUCUGCUAUGUUGGUGCUCAGGUCGCUGUUGCCAACUAUUUCAUGCAAUUUUGCGAGGAGGCUGGUCGAACGAAAGCUGAAGCUUCCGAUCUUCUCGCCGUUGGACAAGGCCUCUAUGCCUUCAACCGCUUCGUCGCCGGCUUCAUGAUGAUGAUCCCGGCGUUCAAGCCACGAUACAUCCUCGCAGUCUACCUGGGGCUCUGCUUCGUAUUCAUCGUUGCCGCCAUGGAAACGGGUGGUAGCGCCUCCAUCGCCAUGCUGAUUCUCGUGCUUUGCUUCGAGUCGGCAUGUUUCGCCACCAUUUUCACCCUUGGCUUGAGAGGCCUGGGUAGACACACCAAGUUUGGCGGCAGUCUUCUUGUCGCUGCCAUCAGCGGUGGGAUGGUGUUUCCUCCUAUGACAGGUGCGGUGGUUGAUCGCCAUGGUGCGCAUACUGCCAUGGCUAUUCCGAUGAUGGGUUAUGUUUUAGCUUGGAUUUACCCUCUUUAUGUCAAUGUUUGGAAUCGGGAGACCAUGGAUGUACAUCGUGAGACCAAGGUUGGCGUUGAGCCUGUCAGUGAUAAGACGCUACAGCUCGAGGCGCAGGCUUCUCAUACUCACCACGAGACUGAACCGCGUACAAUCGGUUAG